ACUGGUGCACAGUUGGUUUAUUAUAAAAAAUGAAACCGCUUCCUGCAGUGGUUGAAUGUUAUGGGUGUACAGUUUUUUACAUGAAAGAGGAAGAGUUUCAAAGCCAUGACCAUGAAAGCACCUGACUGAACACAGGGAGACAAUCAUUAGUCCAGGUUGUUACCUUCUUCAGUGGCUGAGGGGAGAACCUGACUCUGGCCUGAAGGUAAAUUAGAAAUAAUGGGAACCAUCUUAGACUCAUGGAGAAUAACUCCAGCUGUCAUUAUUACUAUACUACACAUCCAAGCAGUAAUCGGCACCAAAACCACAGUUUUUUCUGGUGUGGAAGGUGAGAGUUUUGUCUUCAGAUGUGAAUAUCCAAAUGGCCUGACGGAGAAUUUGAAGUACCUGUGCCGUAUUGAUGAAUGCUCCAGUUACUUGAUAAUGACAGACAAACAUAACCGGUGGGAGACCAAAGGACGCUUCUCCAUGUACGACAACACCACUGGAAGCUUCUUCAUUGUCAAGGUGGAUAAACUGAGGUUAAAUGACAGUGGGACGUAUCAGUGUGGAGUGGAUAUCAGCCUCCAACCUGAUUAUCACAGCGCCAUAAAACUGAAUGUUUCCCAAGCAUAUGAACCUCAGCUGUUAUUCCACCUGCCGCUGGUCCUGACUGCUGUUAUGUGCGUGGCAGCACUCAUGUUUGUGUGUCUGUUCACAUUAUGUCUUCUACUGGUUCUGAAACACAGAAGAUCAAUCCCACCACAGAAUAAAGAGGUUUGUCCACCACAGACACUUUUAGAUAUGCUAGCAGUAUAAGCAACAGCAAAGUGGUUCAACACUGUACAUUUGAAGUUUCUCAUUAUUAGUCAGUAACAUUUAUGAAAUGUGAAACAUUCAUGAAACCUAAAGUUAUAUCGCAAUAACUGGUCAAAAUGUGAAGAGGAUGUCAGUGAUGAGUCAUAAAGGUAGAACAUAACAUGUCAUAAGCUUACUCUGAAAAACACACCUUCAGAAAGGAAAUAAUAGUAAAAUCACUGCAUGGAGUUGACAGGCUCUAAAAAUACCUUUACCUGGCAAAUGUUUUCUGAUAACUAUUUUCCUAAAGCUAAUGUAAGCUGUGUGUUAGCAGAGAUACCUACAAAAACAAUAACAUUGCUGACAAGUUCUCUGCUGUAAUAACACAAAUAAAAACACUUUGACCAACAUAGCAAAAAGUAUACAGUAAUCUAAAGUUCACUUAUCCCCUUAACAUCUAGUUUGAUACAUACAGUUGAGACUUAUACAGCAUCAGUCUGAUUUGAAGAUGAAUAAAUACAUUUUAGCAAUAAACUGCAAUAUAAGACAAAUUAAAACUCAUAUAUGCAUUUGUUUUACAUUGGAUUGAAUUAUUUCAUGGUUCAGGCUUUAAAGUCUUAUCAUGUUUAUCUUAUGAGUAGCAAAAUGAUUCCCACAAACAGUGUGAGUGAGUGUCACACAUGCAUUGUGUCUUAAUGCUCAUGCCCACUUCUCUGGCCUGAUAAAAGGUCUGGAUUUUUAGUUUGGAAGCUUUAAAAGUUUCGUUUUUUGUUACAAUAUGUCCCACCAUCUCCACUACUUCUUUGGACAUGUUUUCAGAUUAGUGGUAGCCGAAGGAAUUGACAUGGAGGUAUGUUCACAAAAUACACUGGAGAAUGAUAUGCUUGUUAGCCCUGUAGUGUAGUUGAAAUCUGUGUGUAAUUACUCGUGUGAUGACUUCUUUAAUUUUCCAAGUCUCUGCUUUGAUUAAAAACUGGUAGUUUUUGAAGAUGUAUUUAUUUCCAAUGAACCCUUCCUCUAAGGCAGAGGUUCUCAAACUGUGGGCUGUGCCCCCACUGGGGCAUAAACAGAAGUGGUGACUUUCCAUAGAGUAUAAAACCAUUUUGAUGCUUGUUCAUUAAAAACUUUUUUUUACCACUUAUCUAUUUUAUUUUUCAAUAAUGUAUUUAAAAUAAAUUAAUUAAUUGAAAAGGACCAGAGUUGAGGAUGAGGUUGAUGACCAACAAACUGACUAUCGUCCUCACUUUUCCCUUACAAAACAUGUGGGAGAAUCUUUGGCAGCUGUCACUUGAAUGUAAUGUGUGGUUUGUCUGCUCUGGCCUACUGAAUCUUUUUUUAAAGAAGGCUCUGUAGAAAAGGCUCAUCCUAAGCUAACAAAAAUACAAUCAUAAAUAGUUACUGGUGAUGAAUCAAAAUCUAUAUACUCCAUGUAUGCCUAUAGAUACACAAUAGUGUUGUAAUGUGUAAUUUGACUGCAGAAAAUGCCACAUUGUUUACUCAGCACAAAGAAAACAUGAUCUCACUCUAAGUGUUCUUCUGGUAUCUUGCAGAUAACGUCUGACUAUGAGACUAUGAUGCCAGGUCUAAAAGCUGAGCCUCAAUGUUGCUGCAGCUGUUCGGCCCCAAACUGCAGUGAUCCUUCAUCUUUACCAUUACCACCACCACCUGACCUCUGCUCUAGCUUCCCAAAGCAUCGGGAGUCUGCUCUCUCAUUCGGCGUUGGUGAAUAUGUUGAUGUGGAUGUACUAGGAAAUAUCUGCCAGUACCAACAUCUGGAUCUCAGCCAGUUAGAAGAGCAUGUCUAUCACAGUCUUCAUGUACAUAGUUGUCCUAAACAUGAACCUAUUAAAGAGGAGAUGAACUGUUUAAAUGUCAAAAGAUAAUUCUGGGCUAAUCACACCUUAAGUCUUAGUAGUGUGGUUUCAAUCAGCCUCUCACAAAAAAGUACUAGUGAUAUAGAGUAGCUUGGUAAAUCUGUUAUUAAUAAUUCAACUAAUGAAAUGAAAUGACCAAUCCUGAUCCAGAUCCUGAUUUAAUAUAUUAGUUUUAUCCUUUUACAGUGUUUGAAUGACAGAAAGAGCUGAGUAACUCAAAACUUUUGGAUCUUUAUGCAAUUUCUUUAAGUGUAUAUUUUUGUUUUGUUUAAAUGGCAAAAAGAAAAAAGAAAAACAAAAAAAUCUGAGUGGAUGGUUUAAGCAGUGUCACUGUGCUCUACAAUUUUUAUAAUAUUUACCAAAAUAAACAAACAGGUUUAUAUCUGAAGUUUUUCUUGUAGUUAUUAUUUACUGACCUGUUACCUCUUGAUUACUCAUUGUGAGAAAAGCGCAUGGGAGGGACAUGCUGAUGGUCAUGGUUUUUGGGGAGAGAAUCAGACAGAGGAAACUGAUGAAAGACAGGAAGUGAAAGGAAAAAGAGGAACCCGUGAAGAAAAGCAGACUUGGUAUUCAUUUAGAAAGACUCGCAAGGGCAAAGAAUCAGGGUGAGUAAAGCCCAAGGACGGUAACAAAAAGAAACCUUACGUGAAGCAUGGAGAUGACUGUGAUCUUUGUGAUAUUUCUUUUGGAAGGAUUAUGGGAGACUAAAGCUAUGUCAGUAACAGGAAACAAGGGCAGCUCUAUCACAGUAACCUGCUCUCACUCCAACGCCUACUCCACCGUCAAAUAUUUCUGCAAAGGACAAUGCACAUAUCAAGACAUCCUCAUAAGCAGCACUACCAUUUCAAAUAAAAAAUACAAAAUUGAAGAUAAAGGAAAUACAUUCAGUGUCACUAUCUUUGACCUAAAAGAAGAUGACUCUGGAACUUACUGGUGUGGAAUUGAACGAGUUGGUUUGGACACAUAUAAUCAAGUAAUCCUUACAGUUUUAGCUAACCAAGAUAAGGCAGCCUAUACACAUGCUUCUCUUUCUGAGACGGUGGUGUAUACUGGAGUAACUCUCGGUGUGGUGGUGCUAGUGCUGGGCGUGGGACUUCUGAUUUUCUUCAGACAUCGAAACAGCAACAUCAAUGCAUCAUCUGGACAGUACUAUGACCUGGUGUUCAGGUCCUGUCAAAAACAAGAUGCCUGCAAUGACAAGAAUGCCUCUCCAUCCAAGGAGGAUCAAGAAACAGAUGGUGGAACUAAGAGUGCCAAUCAGCAUCAAGAUACAUCAGAGCCUCAGAAGGACUCAGGCAAUCUCAUCUACACGACUGUUACCUUCACAAAUCAAACAGAGUCCAGCAUGGCUGCACCCGACCUUGUAGCGUCUAUAAAAUCAUCCUCUAAGCCAAAAUCAACAGAAGAAUCUACAAUCUAUAGCAACAUCUCAACUCAAUGCUGAUGUUAGACAAAGUAUUUCUACUGGAACAUUUCACUUCUUGAUUAUAACAUGUAUUUUCUUCUUGUGAUUUAAAUAUUUUAAAAAUCCAGCUUCAAGUCAUUAUUUAACUUCAUAUCAGGCAUAAUGUGUAAUGUGAAAAUUAUAUACAUAGCAAACAAUACAUAGAUUUUUUCAGACUGUUUUUCUAUUGUAUAUGUGUUUUGUAUUCAUGCUUAUUUAUAUGAGACUGAAACUGAGAAAGUGAUAUGAGCAAAGAAAGAGGUUGUGGGUUCAUUCGCAUGUGUCUAACGUAGCUUUGUUUUGAUUAAGGUCCCUAGAAUAGGAUCAAAGCCCUAAUUUGAAUUUUGACUUGGUGACCUGAAACCUGAUGGAUUGAAACCAAAGUUUAAAAAAAGACCAUUCAGACUCAGACCAUUUACCAUUUGACUGUGCAGUGAGUGUUGAGCACUGAGCACAACACAUCUCAUUUUCCACUGAUUUAAAACAGGUUUAUUGUGUCUAAAAUCUUGUUUAAAUAAAAUCUCUGAAAAUAAACAGUUCAAGUAUUUCAUAAACAACUCAAAUUCUGCACAUUUGUUUCCUCUUUGAAGAUGACUGAGCAGUAGCAACAAUUUUGCAUGCCUUUUUGACAGAGCUGUGAUUGGGUAAGACAACUAGACCCAUCAGUCACCACAAGGUCUUUUGUAAGUAAGAAACUGUUUGAAGGAAAGCAGAGUUAUACUGUGAGUCUGAAUACAAAACACACAGGUGAUAUGUGUGCCCCCAGAACCUACUUGUCAAUUGUUUCUUUAGUGUUGUUCUGUAUGUAAAUACAAAUGGACUGCAGCUUGCUGAGAACCUUGUCAGUUUGCCUCUUGCCCUGUGAGAGCUGGAAGGGGCUCCAGGCUGCAAACCAUUUUAGAACAUUUAAGCUUGUUCUCUACUAGUGAUGUGUGAAUCAUGAACGAAUUGUUCAGUACUCGAGGAUCACUUUACUGACUCAUGAAUCAUGAUUCACAAGCCCAACUGACUCACUGACUCAUCCCUGUUGCUGUUAGCAGCAAUGUAUCU